AUCACAAAAAACGCCACUCGGAAGACGCGGAGCUAGCAAGGAUUAGCUGCAAACAUGGCGCCCACCCCCUUGCCCCUCGAACAAAUGCCCGGCGUUGGCGGCGGCGGCGGAGGCUACUUGCCCGCUGGCCAGGAGGGCGGCCCACGGAUCAACACCAUGUCCAUGUCCGUCCUGAUCGACUUCAUCAUCCAGCGCACCUAUCAUGAACUCACUGUACUGGCUGAGCUUUUGCCCCGCAAAACGGACAUGGAGCGCAAGGUGGAGAUCUACGACUAUGCGGCCCGCACCCGCCACUUGUUCACCCGCCUCAAUGCGCUGGUCAAGUGGGGCAACUCGGUCUCCAAAGUAGACAAAUCCUCGCAGAUCAUGAGCUUCCUGGACAAGCAGAACAUGCUCUUCGUGGAGACGGCCGACAUGUUGGCGCGCAUGUCGCGCGAAACGUUGGUUCGCGCCCGAUUGCCCAACUUUCACAUACCCGCUGCCGUUGAGGUGCUGACCACGGGCACCUACAACCGGCUGCCCACCUGCAUUCGCGAGCGGAUUGUGCCUGCCGAUGCCAUAACGCCGGCGGAGAAGCGGCAGACGCUGCUGCGGCUGAACCAGGUCAUUCAGCACCGUCUGGUGACGGGAAAACUGCUGCCGCAGAUGCGGGAAUUUCGCAUUCGCAACGGGCGAGUCACCUUCGAGGUGAAGCACGAGUUCAGCGUGGCCCUGACCGUGAUGGGCGACAAUCCCACGGUUCCCUGGCGACUGCUGGACAUCGAUGUGCUCGUGGAGGACAAGGAGACGGGAGAUGGCAAGUCUUUGGUGCAUCCCCUGCAGGUCAACUACAUCCACCAGCUCAUCCAGGCGAGACUGGUGGAGAAUCCCAAUGCUUUGAGCGAGGUCUACAACUGUCUGCACUACUUCUGUCAGUCGCUGCAACUGGAGGUUCUGUACACGCAGACUUUGCGCUUGAACUACGAGAGAUUGGACGACAACAACAUCACGGUGGAGGAGUAUGUUCCAGGCGUAAAGUUGACCGUGUCCUACUGGCGCGACCUCAAGUCGGAGCUGGGCUACCGACUCACCGUUCAGUCGGAUCCCAGCGAGAUUGGGCGUCCGCUGGCAGUGGUCCAUGUGCCCUCUUUGGGAGCCAAGGAGUCCGCCGAGGUGGCGGAUAGGGCAGUGCGCUCCGAGCAUCUCUCAAUGGAGCGUCUGAUUGUGCAUACCGUCUACAUUCGAUCGGUUUCCAGGCUGAGCGAUCUAAAGCUGGAGUUCCAGGCCUUCCUAAAAGAUGUUGACUUUAACCUCCAGGGAACUCCUGCCAUUCUGACCGUGCCCGUACUUUCUCCCUGCCUGCGGGCCGAGCAGAUUCACAUCACCAUCGACACGCACACGGGCAUGUUCCGCUGUCAUGUGCCCAAGCAUCUGGAUUGUCCCAUCACCGAGGAGAUGCAGGACUGCCUCAAUGGCGAUCGCAGCAAGCUGCCCGGUUUGCUCUCCGAGCUGCGCUACUGGAUCACCCAUCGCAGGUGCGAUAAAACCCUGCAACAUCUUCCGGCCACUGCCUGCGAAACACUUCCCUUCCUCACGCAACCCGAGCAGGAGCUUUUGCAGCCCGGCAGGCACAAGAUUUAUGUGAAGCUGCACAGGCAUCCCAAUAUUGUGCUGGUGGUUCAACUCAAAGAGAAGACCACCAUGCCCAAUGAAAUGGAGUACACCUUCCACCUCGGUUUCGUGGCCUUCCAAAAGGACGAACUGGACGUUAUAGACGACUCCGCCAAGCAGCUGGUUUCCGUGGUGGCGCCGUCGCACUCGGACAUUCCCAAGUGUUACACCAAGUUGAUGCGCCUGAUUGAGUUUGACACUUUUGUGGCCACACAUGGCCCAGGCACCGAAGUGGAUGCGGAGGUUUCCCCGCACAAACGUAAAUCGAAUGGCGAUUUGCUAGCGCCUCCUGCCAAGCAGCAGAAGACCAUCUUCCCGGCCUACUUCAUUCCCGAGCUGGCGCACGUGGUGGCCAUGUGCGACGAGAAGAUUCCGUUCAUGAACCUGGCGCAGACGCUGUCCAAACAUAAUAUCCCCCAUAGCGGUCUGCAGGUGGAGGCGAAUGCCACUUCGCUUGUGCUGAAGAUUCUGGCACUGCCGCAGCCUGGCAAGUCCACCUUUGCCACGCAGCAGCAGCAGCAACAGCAGGGAGCAGCGGCAGGAACUGUGGAGACCAAGCCAAGUGGCGCCUCUGGGCUACCGAAAAUAGAACCUCACGUUUGGGAUGACCUAAUGCGCCGCGUUCUUUCCAUCUCGGUGCGCUCGCAGACCAACAAGAACAGCCAGGUGCGCAUCUGGGUGGUGGAGUUCGUCUUCUUCAGCACUCCGCUGCAGAGCAGCCACCAGAAGGAGCAGGGCAGCCGGCGGACUGUCUACCUCACCUACGAGCAGGCCAACCACGACUUUUCCAAGACGGUCGAGGAUCUGCUGAACGACUGGUCGAAGAUCGUGUACCUGUACACGCUGGUCCACGACUUUGCAGAGCAGUUGAGAAAUAAACGCCUUUCUCUGUGCGACAUGCUGGUGGUCAAGUCGUACAGCUACAUGAACCUGCUGCUCGGCUACGGGCCCAAAAAGGAGGUGAGCUGCAAUAUCUACUGGUCGGUGCAGUCGCACGGCUUCCGUCUGACCUUCGUGGGCGGCAUGUCGGCCGUGAAUGCGCACUCGAUGAUGCGGGAUCAGUUGGCGCAGCACUUGAACCAACAGCACAGCCUCACGCAGAUUGCGCAGAUUCUGCACGAAACAUACAGCCCGCUGAGCUCGCUGGCCAAGCUGCCCGUGCUGCCCUACUUGGGAAUACCUCGACCACAAGUGCCCGUCUUAUCCUUUUGCAUGCUGGCUCAAUCCCCUUGUUUGAUGAGGCUGACCUACCAGGCUGUCUACUGCCUGGAGUUGCGCUUCCGAGCGAACAGACUCGUGUCUAUUCGCGACGGAGCCAGCAGUCGCUUCGAGCGGAAUGUGGUGGAGGAGUUCACGCCCAUCCAGGGCCUGAAGGCUUUCCUCUCCAAGUAUGUGGACGAAUCGGCGGCUUACAGAGGACGUGCUGCCCACGAGGACGACAAUCCGCUGUCGCCGAUGGGAAUGGAGGACACCUUUGGUAAUCCGAGCAGUGUGGCGGCAGGGGGAUCUUCGCCAUUUCUGGGCACUGGGAUGCGUGGACCGCAGUCGCCGCGGGACAGUGGCCUGCGCUUUCCAGCCCCUCACACUCCCCCUUCCAGCUCCAAUCCGCACACGCCGGCCAGUCCGCAUCCGAGUGCGCCCAGUGCCGCCCAGGGACACGGCAACUUCAACCUGACUUCCCCGCCAGCGCCGCACAUGCCGCAUCCCUCGCCCAGCGGCCUGAUGCCCUCGUCGCCGCUGAAUCCGCAGCCCAGUCCGCACAUGGUUCACAGCCCGGGACCGAAUAUCUACAUGCAGAGCCACCAGGACUCGCCCUUCACGGCCAUGUCGCCGGCUAAUAAUCAGUGGCCCGGUUCGCCCAGCAUGCCGCGUCCCUCCCCUCGACCUGGCCAGAGUCCGGAGCACAAGAGCACGGGCGGCGGAGCAGGAGGAGCUGUCGGCGGAGCAACUCGCGGCACUCUCAAUCGCCCCUGGGCCGGAGCAGUGCCCACUCUGCUCACCCACGAGGCGCUGGAAACCCUGUGCCGACCCAGUCCGCAUCCCAACAAGGAUAUUAACCUGCAGGACAUGAGUCCCUUGGAGCGAUUCCUCGGCUGCGUCUACAUGAGGCGGCAGCUGCACAGGAACAUCCAGAGCGAGGAGACACUGACGGCGCUAAACAGCACGGAACCGGGAGUGGUUCUCUUUAAAGUAGACGGACUGCAGUGCCAGGUGGUUCUCAAUCAAAUGCACAUGCAGACGCUGCACCUGAAGAUCUCGCAGCUGCCGCCGAUGCCGGACAAGCUGCCACCGCCCUUCCAGCUCAGCCAGGACGAUCUGCUGGUGAUCGAGCAGUACUUCGACACAAGGGUGGUGGCUCCGCCCUACCGACCCAAUGCGCUGCACAGCAUCUGCCGGCUGCUCAACCUGCCUGCCCAGGUGCUGAAGGAUUUCGUGCAGAUCAUGCGACUGGAACUAAAGCCCGAGCUGGGUGGCGACCAGCUCAAGUGGACGGUGCAGAUGUGCAUGCGAAUGCCCCCGUCGGCGGUGCCCAUUGUGCCCAGUGGAAAUGCCUGCGUGGUUCUGGGACGCAUGAAGAUCCUGUUCUUCCUGCAAAUUGCCAGGAUUCCUUAUGGCGCAGGGAUGGUGGGGAAAGACAGCCCCUCGCUGGUGCUGCCCAUCGUGUACGACAUUCAGACGAACGUCACCCAGCUGGCGGAGCGCACCGGCCAGGUUACCUCGCCCACCAUGACGGCCGCCAGCACGCUGCUCCGUCGCUUUGCCGAGUUCAACGCGCAGCAGAAUCAGUGCACGCUCUUUCCGGCCAUCACGGAUCUACUGACGAACCUCCAGCUGGCCACCGAGAUGCCGCAGCCUCCACCCAAUCAAUCCAUUGGACCGCCAGUGGGAGUAGUGGGCGUGGGAGUGGGAUCCAGUCCGAAUCCCAUGAUGCCCAUGCAGCAGCUGCAGCCGCAACCCCAGGGACCCGGCGUGGGCUACCCGCAGAUGGGCCCCAAUCCCGGUGGCCCGCAGUGAUGAAGGCGCAAGCGCCGCGCCUCCUCGCAGCAGCCGUGAGCGCUUAUUAAUUAAGGAGUUUAGCUGGAUAAAACCCCUCUAUUCUGGGGUGAGUCGAUGUUGGAUUCGCAAAUAAUAAUUGUAGAUUUUGUAGAGACUAA